CGCCAUCUUGAAAGGGAGUGCUUGAAAGAAAGAAAUGUAGAAUUUGUUCUUUAAUUCACUUCUUUGGUGGAUUAGAAAAGCUGAUAAUUAUUGUAGAAAAUAAUAUAAGUUAUAAGAAGAUUAAUCUAGAUCGAGAUGUCGGGGCCCAAUGCAAAGAUUGGAAUGAAAGUGGAGGUUGUUGGGAAAGGCCUUGUGGGAACUGUGGCUUAUGUCGGAUCAACAAUGUUUGCCUCUGGAAAGUGGAUCGGAGUUAUUUUAGAUGAAGCGAAGGGUAAAAACGACGGUUCAGGUACGAACUGUUAAGUGUGAAUAUAAAAAUGUUUAUGUCGUUUCAAUCGUGAUUAGGGCUUGUGAAAAGGGAAAGCUGAUCUAAAAUCAAUAGAUCAGAUAAGUCAAUAACUUAAAAUUCGAGCCAUUUUACCCAUAGUGUACUCCUCGCAUGUUUUACAAAAUUCGGUAUUGAUUCGUCAGUUUCCGCCACACUUUAUGGAAUUAAACCUUUGGUUACCAUCCGUGAUCUUUAAUUUUAAUUUUAGAGAAAUUACGUAUACAGGUUCAAAUAUUGAUCUGGAAAUGGUGUAUACUUUCAAUAUCCGAGUAUGUGAUAACUUUUAGGGGAUCUUUACACUCAUUUAAAAAGUAACACACUGGUACAUAAUAGUUUUAUGUGAGUUAAGUAACAUGUGGAAAUAAAUAUCAAGCUAUGUACCAACUGAGCAUAAGGACUGUAAUAGGGAAUAUUGGUAUAAGGUCAUGAUGUUAUGGACUGAAGGCUAAUACUCUUUCGUACUACUUAAGCAGGCUGGCUUGGUAAGUUUAUUAUUUUUUGGGACUUGUUCCAUGCUGGUUUCUUUUCUCUGUGAAAUAGUUCCUCAAGUUACUUGAAAUGCUAUCGAAAACAAGAUUAAUCUAAUCUUCAAGUUACUUAAUCUAAUCUGAUCUAAUCUAAUACUGAAUCUAAUUAAUCUAAUUUUCUAGUUACUUGAAGAGCUAAUGAGCUUUUUCUGUAACAUUUUUUCAAUUACUGAAGUAUUGCAGACAGAAUGGGCCACCUGUGCAAGGUGGUAAGAUGGACCAAACUUGCCUCAUUUUACCUAUUUGCGUUGUGAACUAUUUCAUGAAAAAAUAUUUUAAGAAACACUAUCUCACUAACUCCACUUUAGUAUAGUCUGUAGCAUUCUGACACUGGCUAAGAAUUUGUUUAAUAUGAUUUAGUGCAAGGAAAAGAGUAUUUCAAAUGUGCUGAGAACCAUGGAAUCUUUGUGCGUCAGUCCCAAAUAGCAAUUCUUCAGGAUGCACCAACCUCCCCAUCACCUCCACGUGGAUCCUCCACCCGCAGCAGCAUUGGUGGAGGUACUUCCAUUCCUUUACCAUCAUCAAUGCGAAAAGAGAAGGUAAGAGUGAUGCUUUCAUAUUGUAGUAAUGCUUAAUCCUUCUGCACCCAAGAUCUCAUCAGUAAUUCUCCUUACUGUCUGUUUUAUAAUCCUUGGGAUGGUUAUUUGAAGACUCUGGUAUAGGAUAAACUAAAUUUUUUUUAAUACAUAUUUUUAUUUAUUCUCAUUACUUGUCUGCUUGAUAUUGUGUUUAUGUUGUAAGGAGAAAUUCUGUCUUGGUCACUCAUGGGUAUCGAAGGGUUAAAACCCUUCCCCAUUCAAUUUACUGUUACUAGUUUAUCUAAUAUAAAUUGUGUAUCAGCACGGCUUGUUUGUGUCUAAAGUUGUAUAUUCAUGUUCUCAUGAAUUUCUUCAGAAAUAAUUUGAAUAAAGAAUCAAAAACAGUUGUUCUACAAUUCUGUCCUCAAUUAUACUACCGUAAUUUCCGGUCGAUUACCCGCGGGUAAUCUGUUGAUUUUGCAUUAAAUCCGCGCCACUGCGGGUAAUAGGGAGGUGCGGGUUAUGUGACAAUUUUAAAUUCUUCUGGAAGUUGAAUUGAAAAAAUUUCUCACCUACCUGCGUUUCCACCUCUCAAAUGAAUUUUAUUGUAUCAAAAGUGCCACAAAGCGGCACGAAAACAUGAUGCCAACUCGAGUUUAUUUCACGCAUAAUUAGUUGCGUGACAAACAAAUUUUUAUCGGCACGCGUGAAAACAAAACCUUGAUGGUGACAAAAAUAAUCCAAGGAUAUCCGGCGCAUCAGUAACAAAUUUCCAGUUUUCACUAGCUUGAGCUAAAGAGAAUUUUCCCGUUUUAAGGGACUUGUUAGGCCCAGUAGAACAGGAGAUAUCGAUUUUUUGAGAAAUUGCCGACAGUAAUUUUAAAUCCCAAAUGCAUCACCAGAAUGUUGAAAAUAAUAGGUGCGAAACUUAACUAAUUUCGCGCUGAAAAAGUAUUUUAACGACAAAUGAACAAUGGAUAUUGCUCAUUACGCUCCUACAUGCUAUAAAAAGGUAACUGACUGAAUAAGAAUUAUAAACCUCGAUCAUUCGCGAUAAGUGUAUCUACGAGUCACCAAUUAAGUUAAAAUGCCUGCUGUGAAACGCCCACGUCACAGUUUUACGUUUGAUUAUAAGCUUAGAGUAAUAACUCUUGCCGAUGAAAUCGGUAAUAGAGCAGCAGCAAUAAUCAAUCAAUAAAGUAUAAGCUAAUAUUGACACAGAAUUGUGCACAUGUCUGAAUCGAAAGACUGAAAUGUAUCGCCUUAAUGUCACGUUUUCGCCACCGAAAAAGUUGAAUAACAACGUGCGGGUUAUCCACCGGUGCGGGUAAUCCGUUGACUUUUUUUUUCGCCGUAUGCAAUAAUCGGCCGGUGCGGGUAAUCGGCCGUGCGGGUAAUCGACCGGAAAUUACGGUAAUAACUAAAAGUUGAAGUUUCCCUUCAUAGUUGACUGGUUUUGUUAAUUCACUUGGUGCUUGUAUAAUUACAGGCCCUGUUAGAAUUUACUUGGUCUCUUAAAAACUAUGGUAUAUUAUCUCUGUUGCAGAAAAAAAUUUGAUCUGAGAAAAAGAAAAAUUAUACCUACUGGUAGAUUGAUUCCCAUUUUCCUUUUUCUUACAGCCCUGAUUAGGGUUAGGAUUUCCUUGAUGAAACCUUUUUUUUCAUAUAUGACACUAAAUCUAAGCAGCAACUUAUUCACUUAUUAAACUCUUUACUGUUUCAGUCUUUUGGGUCAAGAGGUUCCUUAGAGAACGUUGGCAGCAGACCAUCCCCACCUUCCUCCAGGUUGGCUACACCUAAAACCAGUACAACUACUGCUCCUGAGCCAUCAUUGGACAGUUCCCUAAGCAAGAUUCCAGCAGCUGCUUCAACCCCUUUGCCAUCAGGUCCAAGGAAGAUGUCUUCUGGACCAGCGAUAUCAGCUGAUGAGUAUAUGGCUCUUCAAAAGAAGGUUAGUCUUGGAUAGGUGAUUAUGAUGUAUUGCAAAAUAACUUAGUGUUUUUACUCUUUUUUAAGAAUGGUUGGGAUGAAAUACAUUAUGGUACAUUAAUGCAUGGAUUUUGAUACAUUUUGAAUCAUAUGGCAGAAACUGCCGAGUACAUCUGUAUUUGCCUAACGAAAAGUUCAAUAUUGGGGAGUUUUGCUCGUUGCGAGCUCCUAUUGAUUUCAAUACUUUUCUCAGUUUUGCACAUAACUACUUUAAAACAACAUAAGCUUUGGGAGCCCCACUUGCAAUAAGUUUUUAAUAUCAAGAAGAAAAUACCUGCAUCAACACAGAACAUGCAAGAGUCCACUAGCUGAGUGAAUAUAGUAACUUCCUUUCAUUUUUCUCUGUGACAUCUCUAUUUUGGGUGGUUUUCAUGUAUCACAAUCCCAUCCAGUGUGAAUAAUUAUAUAGUUUUGUCCUUGGUCAUUAAAAAGUCUGCUAGAAGUCUAAAGAAUGAAAUACCCACACCUUGAGCCCUGUUUGAGAAUUUCAUAAUCUUUAGAUUGUGUUUAAAAUCUUAAUUUGAUAGAGUUUGUUAUAUCUGCAUGCAGGUCUUAGAAAAAGAAAAGGCUGUUGUUGAUUUGGAGGAGAAACUGGAGACCCUGAAGAGUAAAAGGCAAGAGGACAAGGCCAAAAUGAAGGACCUGGAGAAAACAAGGAUGCAAUUAGAGCAGGUUUGUAUAAUAUAAUUUUCACCAGAAAUGUUGCCUUUUUUAUCAAUAAACUCUAAGUACUGGUAAUAUAAUUGAUAAAAUAACAUAAAAAUGGAGCAAAGCAGAUCCUGUCCUGAUGACAUGGAAAACCUCUCUAAAAGGUAAAUAGGAAUAAAUUGAAUGCUGUUCUUUUAGGUGAGUCUUUAUUGGUUUCACUACAUGUACAAUAUAGUUGAUACAUCAACAGAGUGUGAAGAACCAAUAUGAAAUACAUAUUAAACCAUGUUAAUGAAGGGUGUGGUAAAUCUCCUCUGAAUGAUGGUAUACAUGUAAUCAGUAAUCAGUUGUCCAUUGUGUGUUGAGAUCCUGUUUAUUGAAAAAAAAAAAAACACCUCAAGUCUCCCUGGAAAAGUGAAAAGAUUGAAGAAAAUCUAUCUUUAUUUUUAUUUUUUCAGCUUAGACCUGUGAAGUCAAAAUUUACUGGAAUAGAUGUUUACUAGGCAUUAAUUUCCUUCAGUGGAUUUUUAACAAUUUUGGCCCAAAAAAUUUUUACAAAUUAGAUCAAAUCUACCUAUUUUUUCUAAAUUCACUCCUUUGCAACCACGAAUAUAAAACGUCAUAAUCUUCCAGCUAACUUUGCAACAGUAAAACAUGGCAAUGACCAGCUGAGAUUCCCUUUCAAUUUAGGGUUUUAGGACAUGUUUGCUUCAACAGUGGAUAAUUAAGAUGGCUCUUUGUCCUUUAUUUUCACAGCUUCGCACAUAAAGUUUUUUCUCUCAGUCCACAGUAUAAUUUUAUGCACAUUGAUCUUGUAUAUUUUACUCUAAAUUUUUCAUGAGCCUUAGUGUUACUUGGAAACUGCUAUGUUUGCUUAAUCAUUUAGCAUCAAUCAAUGUUAUUUUAUUAUGUUGGAAUCUUGAAUAAUUCAUAUUUGAAAUUUGAACUUCCACUUUUUUUCAAUCCUUGAUUUUCUGAAAUAUUGAAUACUCCAAAGUAGUGGAGAAAGCUGUUGUAACUCCUUAGCUCCUAUGAGAGACCAACACAGAACUUCUCCUCACAAUAUCAAUAAUCAUCCAGAAGAGAAGUGAUGAGAAUAAAGAAAAGUAAUAGUUAGGGGAUUAUAAGUUGAUAAAAUACCAAAUUCACCUAACUACAAUCAUAAGAAUUGUAUGGUAGACAGUAAGGAGAAUUACUAAGGAGAUCUUGAGAGUGAAAGGGUUGAGUGGCAUGUUUUAUUAGAUUCCAGCUGCCCUUUUGUCAAUAAAGUCAUCGUCAGUCAGUCUGAUUGUACAAGUAAGAAGAAUAAUAUCCCUUAGAGAUAGGAAAAUAUGAUUUUUAAAAACCUUCUUGAGGAAGCAGUGUAGCUGCGUAACUGAUACUUAAAAUCCAUCAAAUGUUCCACAUUUUGAUUAUGUAAUCAUCAAUACAGCUCUUUAUUAUUUCAGUACUAUGAUAAUCCGUAUAAGUCAUAAUUUAUUUGAGCAUUUUUUGUAUAAUUUAGAUGCAAGAAUAUAAGACAAAAUGGCAAGAAGCUCAGAGGGAUUUACAAGCGCAACUGAAUACAGCAAAAAAGGUGACCUAUAUUUUGUCUUUCAUCUUAUUUUAUGACCACUUCACCUCUCAAACAUUAAUGCAUGUUGAAUAUUAUGAUCAUGAAACAGGUACAUUUUAUCAUUAUUUAACAUGCUUGUGUUACAAAAUGAUAUAAGUGUCUCACUUUAAGUGAUCACUUAAAGAUAGUUAAGAAAAGCUGUAAAUGACCUCAAGGCCUCUCUGUGCCUGAGAAUGAAAAUGAGGUAGUGAGACUAUUGGUGGAUAUGGAAACCAGUGUCCAUUUCUUUUCUGUAGUGUUGUAAAAUCUGUUGGCAGAAUUCAUGAUUUUAGCUAGUAACCCAUUCUGAUGGUAGUAAUCAGAGUAAGGCCAGUAGUGCUCUUGGAUGUCGUAGCAAAGUAUCAAACAAAUGUCCCUUGAUUUCCACAGCAAACAGAAAAUAUUGAUUUGAAAUUAAGAUUACAUGCAGCUAGGCCCUCUCCAAUGCAAUCUUUAUACUUCAAACUCUUGGUUUAGACAAUUGUUUUGCUGUUUAAAGUAGCUAUGAGAAAAAUAUGGGCUUACUUGUAACUUUCUCUGUUGAUCAUGAUAUUGUUUAGUCUGUCAUUUCUCUCUUGGGAGUCAACACAAUUAAACUUGACUGUUUUAUUCUGUGCUUUCCAAAAUUUGUUGAUUUGCUCUUGUGAUUAAAAUAUCUACGAUAUGAGCUUAACUUUGACAGUUUGAGAGAAAGAGAAUAGGGAGGGAAGGAAUGGUUUAAGUUGAAUUUUCAUCCAUGAAGAUUACUUAACAACACUUUUUACAUUACUAAAUUAACUAAUACUCAUGAUUAAGUUUAAAUUUCCACUUACUUGCUUUGCAUUUGUUAAAGGUUUUUUUAAAAUUCAUGUAAGGGAGUGCGAGCUGCUUUUCACUUGGAUUAGGAAAUUAAAUUCAAGUUUCGUUUUGUGUCUUUUGACAAUUAAAGUGAUUAACAUCUUGAUUUGGCUUCCCCUCACCACAAUUUCCAGGGGGCGUGUGUCAUAAGCAUUACUGAUGAAUUUCAUCAUGUACAUGUAUUUGCUGAUUCUGAAGGGUUUAAAUUAGGGUACCAUUGGUGUCUAUGGAUUAAGCUCAAUAAUGAUCUCAUAUGAGAACAAAAAAUGAAAAGGCAAAAUUCAAAUCUAUUGUUUUUAAUGCUGCACUAAAUAGAAAACACAAGGCACAGAGUGAAUGCAAAUGCUGUUGUCUUCCAAGUGAGAAGUGAAAUGCUGGUUCUAGUUUGGAACCAGAUGAUAAGAUAAUAAUUAUUUUUUGUGGCCUUUUAACAGGAGCUGAAAGAGAUCACUGAGAAUCACCAAGAACACAGUGAAGAGUUGACAGAGCUUCAAGAAGCUGUCGAAAUGGCAACUCUGGAUAAAGAGAUGGCUGAAGAAAGGGUAUUCUUUUUACAUUGAAUUUAUUAGAACCACGUAAUUAGAUUGUUAGAUACCAAACAGUUUUGAAUUGUUAACAUUUUUUCCUUCAUUAAGAAUACUUUCAAAUUAAACAAUUCUACAAAUUAAGAUAACUCCUUUUCACCAGAGACUACCAAUUGACUUUUUUUUGUACUUUCUUAAUCCCUUUGUAGCUAUGGCUCGAAGGUCCAACAUGCUUGUCACGUCUUAAUACAUUAGCCCAAUUUUCUAAUUCAAUCUACUUGAUACCUUAGGGCAGAUUAGAUGAAAUCAGGAAUAUGAGCCUUCCCAGUGCUUUUUUUUUUUUCAUAGUUAGCAGAGUGAAGUUAAUGUCAAGUAAUACCUAUAAAUGGUUGACAUGCAUUCUGGUUUUAUAUAAUGCACAAUGUUUUGCAGCUGGAAUCCCUUCAGCAAGAAAAUGAGCAAUUGAAGGACAAGUUGGAAGAAGUUACUCUUGACCUAGAAAUUUUGAAGAAUGAAGUUAGUGAAGGAGGUAAGAUUAUCUUCUCAAUUGAAUAUUAAUGAAUUAUCUGAAGUUCUAAUUGAAAUACUGAUCAGAGCGAUAUCCUCUUUCACAUUCAACAUUUAUCUAAAGAUUUAUCCAAAGAUUAACAAUUUGCUGUUUACUUAGUAUGGCACAGUAACUGAUCUAAUUUCAUUAGGGAAAGGCAGGCUAUAGAGAUGGGUAGUUAACCAUGUUUAAUAUUGUUCUUUAAAAGGAAUCGAGGGAGCUGCAGCUAAUGCCCAAGUUAAACAACUUGAGCAACAAAACAGCAGGCUGAAGGAAGCAAUCAUGAGGUAUUAUCUCAUUUGUUGCUUAAAGUGAAUACACCUAGGGCAGUUAAUUGUAUUUUCUGGCUUUCAUGUCAUGUUUUGACAAACCUAAAGAUGAAGUGGAAAAAAGUGAUGAUAAUGGAUAAGGGAAAUUUGCUUUGAAAUCUGUUAAAUAUAGUGAAAAAGGUGUUUUUAAGCUAAAUAUGCCAUUAUGCAUGCUGCCUUUACUGCCCAUUGACUACUGAUACACAUCUUUACUAUGAUUGUUUGGCUUGUAUAACCUUAGACUCAAAGAGGUCCAAGCAAGUGAUAAAGCAGAGAUGCAGUCCUUGCAGAAACAAAUCAAAGAUCUGCAGAGUGGAAACACAACACUUCAGAAUGAAAGGGAAAAGCUCUCUGAAGCUUUACAGGUUUGUUCAGCUUGGAAAGUGGUGAUUGAGUUGUUCAUGAACAUGACAUGUGUUCAUGUCAGUACACACAAACUGGAUGUAAGCACUUACAUUACCCUACAGAUUCCUUUCAAUUAUAUAGCUUCUGAAUGAGUUGAAAGACAAAUUAUGUGGGAGGGCUGUUAAGGUUCCAUUUCUGAGUUAUGUUAGUGGUUAACAAAGCACAAAAAUUAGAAGUUGCCAUUGAUAGGUUAUUCUUUAAAAUGGUGAGGUGAUGCAUUUUAAAAGGGGUACUUCUUUAAAAUUCCAGGAAGCUGAAACAGCUUUGGCUGAACUCAAAGAACAGGUGUGUGUCUGUUGUCUCCUUUGUAUUUUUAGCAGUUCCUUUUUUUUUUCUAUUUUUGAUAGUAUUGUUGGUGGCUUUUCUAGGACUGACAGCUUUUGAAGUGCAAUUUUUAAUCAAAAAUAAAAAUUACCAUACAAUUUCAUAAGUUGUUUGUAUUUGUAAGAAGUACUUGGCUAUUCUCAUCUUCCUUUCAUUGCAACUUCCCUAUUUGCUCUGUACAGGCCACUAGGUAGCCUAGUUACCUGUUGAACAGUUUGAAAAACAAAACAAGACAAACAAAAAAAACAGAUAAAGAAAGGAAGAGAAAUCAUAGCAUUUUUCUUGAAGUCCAUGGAUGCCAUGGAUGACAAACAGUAGCUUCCUUUAGUGUCUGCCUCAAGUAAAGAACCAUGGAUAAAACUCAUGGGAAAUUUUCCUUUAUCUGAUUUCCCAAGAGUUGCACAUGUACCCUGGUCUCAGGGUACACACCGAUAAAUCCAUUUCAGGCUUAGGCUUUUGAAAAUAAUUGCAGAGGUGUUUUAGGUACGCACUGUUUUUCAGUAGGUUGUAAUCUGUGCUAAUGAGGUAGUUUGACUUUAGUUUGCUUGUUUUAAAGAUUGAUGGUUUCCCUCUAUUAUCUAUUAAAGGUUGAUACUGCAUUGGGAGCAGAGGAAAUGGUGGAAACCCUCACUGAUAAGAAUUUGAGCCUGGAAGAAGAAAUUGUCACCCUGAGGGAGAAUGUGGCUGACUUGGUAAGUGAACUGUAACCAUGAGUACAAUCAUUGUACUUAAGAGGUUUAUCUUAUUUUAACGGCAUGAAAGCUUACUGAGUUAUAAAUCUAGUAAACAAUCAUUAUGGCUCUGAAGACAACUUCAAAUGAAAGCAGAUUGAGUGAGCUUGGUUAGUUUUUGUAUCAAAAUUAAGUUAAUCUGAAAUUAUGCAAUCCAAUUGUAGGAAGCUCUCAGGGAUUUGAAUGAGGAACUUGAGGAAAAUCACCUUCAAACUGAACAUGACCUAAGAGAAGAACUGGAAAUGAACAACAACAAAGUUCGUGAGGUAAAGUCAUCCUUAUGCUCACCUCCACACUUUAAAAGUUGUUUACACUUCAAUAUCCUCCUGCUACAGUUAGAUAUUCACAAAGUCACUUGAUGGGAAGAAGUCAUGGACUUUAAACUGUUCCUUUUAGAGAUGUAAAUUAGCAAGAUUUUAUAUUAAUUAUUACAUUUUUCUUAGAUGGAGCGUAAACUAGAGGCAGCUCAGGAAAGUAUUGGAGAUCAUCAGCAAACAAUUGUGAAGUUCAGAGAUCUGGUGGCCAAAUUGCAGGUGUGGAUUUUUAUUUUGAAAGUCGAAUAAUUGAAAUGUAAUGGUGUGAAACAAGGAGUGAAAAGAAAGUUUUCAUUGAUUGCUGUGAUAAAGCUCCACAGGAUUUAAAAAAAAAAAAUUCUGAAUUGGUUGUAAUUUUUUUGUUGUCAUUAGGAAAAUAACCGAGCAAUGCAAGUUCAGCAAGAGGACUCGGAGAAACAAAAAGUCAUUGACAUUCCUUCACCUGAAAUGAUGGACUUUAAAGUUAAAGCUGCUGAGCUGAAGACCUAUACCAAGGUACCUGUGUAAACUGCUUGUGAAACUAUGCUUAUAAGACUGUUUAUAAGACUCAAAAGUAAAAACUUUAUUUAACUUUGUGUGUCUGGUAUUCUGGAAGUUUUAUGUGAGGAGUAGGAAGAUGGUUCUCCUUUUGAUUUUGAAACUGUGUUGAAGAUAUUUAUUACCAGUGAUUGACUGGUAUACAUACAUGUAUGUACAAUUGAACCUUUGUUAAGCAGUUACCCACAGGGAAUGGCAGUGUGACCACUUAAUUCAGGUUGACUGCUCAAUACAGAUUCCACAGGAAAGAGGUGUUAAAGAAAACACCAUUUAUCCCAUAAUUGACCUCUUACAAAAAAGUAGCUAAAAAUACUACUGACAUAGAUUUUGAGAAGUAAACCUGGAUUUACUUUUACUUGAAAGAUUACUCGUAGUUAUAUUUGAGUGGUCACACUUCAAACAAAUGUUCAAUGCAGAUUGAAGACCAUAGAAACAGGCUGUUGGGACUCAGGAAAGUGAUACUAUGACCGCUUAAAGAGGGGAAAGUCACUGUAAUAGUAGCUAAGGGGAAAAAUGUGCAGGACUUUGACAACUGAUCACUUAAUACAGGAUGAAUGCAUAAUACAGGUUUGACUGUAUAAACUAUACUAAACUUGCACUGUUAAUCUUAAAUGUAUAUAUUUUUUUCACAGACUCUAGAGAAUGAAUUAAGAAAGUUUGAUCUGCAGCAAGCAAAUGAAAAAAUAAAAAUGCUCCAUUCAUUUCUGCCUGAGUCAUUUGUAAGGAGAGGGGGUGAGAUUUAAUUUUCUAAUAAUUUUAUUUUUAAAAUACUAAAUUAGUAAGUGCGAGAAAUCAGAGCAAAUUUAUUUGAACUGUGCCAUAAGGAUUUAAAGGAAGGAUGUUAAUCACAGUUUAUAUCAUGGAUACUACAUGUAAUUCCUGUAUGAAAUUAUUCUUGAAUGGUACAGUAUAUAAACAUCUCACCUUUCUUUAGUAGUGCAAUGCUGUCACCAAUUAAUCCUAACUUGGAUUUGUUUACAUACUUCAUAUGAGUUCUGGGUAGUGAAUCAUACUGCAGCAAGAACUUUAAUUUAGACUGCUGUUACUUGGGUUACUGUGAAGAACAACUCACUUCUACUGACUUUUGACCAACUGUUGGCUGAUAGCUGACUUACUGUUGGCCAACCGUCAGUCAAUCAUCACUUGAUUGUCAGCCAACAGGUUUUUUCAGAGAGUUAUUCUCUCAAAUGACCAUUAUUUGAAGCCCUUCGAUGUCAGCAUCAAAUUACCAGAAUGCAAGGGACCCUCACUGCUAUUUGCUCAUGAAUGUGCCAUUAACUGGUACUCCAUUCCUAAUUGCUCCCAUAACAGGCUUUCAUUCCAACUUUUGAAAGCUAGUUUCUGUGGUGAACUUUUUUCUGAACAACUUUUGGUUUAUAAGGAACUUGAUGUUUUACAUUGAUGUGGUACAGUUUCUUUAAGAAAUUGUUAUGCUUUUCCUUUUCUCUUACACAUCAGUCUUGGUGCUACAUUUAGGUCUUUCAAGUGGGCAUUGGUUUUUAUUUUCAUUUAUUAAAGAUGAGGAGGUUUCAAGUGUUAUUGAAGGCUUAACCUUCAGAAGGCACAUUUUAAAAUGUGUUAACACAUUAUAUUCUGUUGCAGGUGACAAUGAGAGUGUCUUAUUGCUGCUACUUAUUCCACGUGUCAGUUUUAAGACUGAAUUGUUGCAGUCUCAAUUAAGACAAAAGGCAAGUCAGGCAAUAAUUUGAAUUGCAAAAUUUGUUUAAUUUAUCCAAAUUUUAAUUUUAUGAUAAAUACUGAAUGAUGUCAUGUUAAAGACCUGAGAAUCUUAAUCUUUGACUGAAGAUAUCUUUUAUGUGAAUCAAUUCAUGAGUAUUCAAGUUGGAUCAAAUUUACAGUGAAACCUAUUUCUUGCUGACCCAAUGUAAGGUACUCAUCCUGUAGCUACAGGAGAGUAGCCCAUCUAGCAAACUUGUUGCUCCUAUAUCUGCUGUAAAAGGAACUUGUUCUCAGUAGACACCCUAUUUAGUGGACACAGACACAAAACCAGUAUCAAGGGGGCAGCUGUAUUUAUGCAUCCAGUCUGUAAUUUAACGCAGUGUAGAAAUACAUUGGUCACUAUUUAAAACGUGUAUUCUGGGCAUUUAGGGUUACUCUAUGUCUGAAAAUGGUCAGAUUUGAAAGGGUGAUGAUAAGUCUAAACUAUAAGUCUUACUGCUGAGAUUUUAGUGCUGAAGGUCUAGUGUGUACUGUCAGACCUCUUGUAGGACCUUUUACCCGUUUGGUUUUCCCAAGGUCUCAAACUAUCUUGUGGACAAAGAAACGCUCAUGCCACAGUGCCACCUGCUUGGAGGCUCCAUAAAGUCAAACUGUGAAAGCACAUAGUAUAUCCACAGCCUUGUUUGUCCUUAAGCAAUUAACAAUUAUAGAGAAAUUUACAUAAAAUUGAAUGAGGCUGACACCAGUGCAAGUCUUGCAGGUAACCUCUUAAUACUAAAAAUUAUUUUUUAUAAAUAUAGUAUGAGAUCACAGAAUGUCUCGAGGAUCCUGCCAAGAUUCAAGGUGAAACUGGUGAAGGACUAAGUUUUGCUUCUGGACUCAUUUACCGGUUGGCAGUUCUCCAAGCAGUUGUAAAGAAUAUUGAAAGGUAACUAUAAUGAUGAUAUCACUUGAGGGGAAAAAUUCAGCUCUAGUCUUUUGGAAAACUGACAUUUUCGCCACAAGUCACUGCACAUCAGUUAACGUUGUUAUGAAAUGUAAUCUGUUCAUGUGCAUUUGCUUGCAGAGCUCUUGAUCAGUGUGAUGCUGGUUUGUUCAACAAACUAGUUGGUAUAUACCCUGAACUAGCAGCACACGAGAGGGCUGUAGAUGGACUUAUUGACUUUUUUAAGAAAGACCAGGUACAUUUUAAACUCUAAGUUUUUGCAAUGUUAAUGCUGAUGGUUUCUUUCUUUCAUUUUAAGGAAAUAUGUAUAUGUAUCUAAAUUAAUUUUGCUAUCUACUUGCUUUAGUUAGAUGAUACAGUUUCCAUGGAACCCUUGGAGAAGGCAAUUCAUUACUACACUGUGAGUAAUGGGACAUUUUGUUUUGUGUAAUCGGAAUGAAGUGUUCAUGAAAAUGUUCAACACGAGUGUACUGUUUGAGGGAAUUAUCUUUGUUUUCAGACUAUGGUUCGGUUCCACUUGGCUGGUAACCCUGUGUCACAUUCUGAGUUCUUGUCCGACGAAUUGAAGAUCUUCACUGCUGGAACAGAAGGUGCUACCAUAGAGAUUGAGAGACUGAAGCAGUAUAGUAAGGUAUGUGAUAGUCGUCAGACAAUGAGUAGCUGCAUAAAAAAGGCAGAGAAGUUGCUUUUUGGAAGCUACCCCCUCCCCUCCUUUACUUUUCUGGCUCUCCCUCUUGUCUGCCUUUUGCUCACCUUCUCUCGUCUUUUCUUGUUGAACUAGAGCAACAGGAGUGAAGUCUUUGUCUUUCAAGUCCUCUCAAUUUCGUGAAUUAUUAUUGCUUUUUCGUUAUUUUGGUAGGAUUGUGAUGAAGGAAGUGCCUUUGGUGAACUUGUUCAAGAAAUGGAACUCAGAAACGUGGAAAUUCAGCAGCUUUGCAGAAAGGUUAAAAAAGAAUCGUCUCUUGUUUCAUACAGAGUAUGAGAUUCCAAUAGUAGGGAAUAAUCCAAAAAUAUCCUUAAACAUCAAGUGGAGAUGGCUAUUCUCCUACGUUGGUGUUUUGGCUGAAGCAAGAGUUCACCUUAAAUCCGACUGCUCAUUAUUCCUACUCACUUUGGUCAUUUUCUUUUAUGUUAGUUCUCAGAAUUUGGUUUAAAGUAAUGAUAGUGUUCCUAGGUGGAUUAUUUUGUAUAUCAUAAACACGUUUCUGUUUGCCAAUACUCAAUGGCUCGUCUCCCAUAGCUACUAGCUACAAGUCACUGGCGUCUAAACCAAGUUUUUUUGUUUGUUUGUUUGUUUUUUUUUUAUUCCAGAUCAAAAGAAGAAUGCCAGAAGAUCAGAAAAGUACCCUGUCGUAUUCUGAUAAGGUGUGUGGCCGGCUGCCUCUGACUACCCUCAGUAGUACUUAUGUGAAAUGCAUGUUAUUACAGUCAAACCCGUAUUAGGCGGCUAUAUUAAGCGGUCACCCUGUAUUAAGCACUCGGGUUUCAAAGUCCCGAAAUUUUUACCCCCCCCCCACCAUUACUAUAAUUUUCACCUCUAUUGAGCGUUCCUGAUCACUCUUUACCAAGUCCCAACGGCUUGCUCUAAGUGAAUUUUUUUCAGUACACCAAGGAGAAAAUUUUAGCUAUUGAACAGCAAUGGUAUUCGUCAGAGUUACGUAGUAAACAUUUCAUUUCUCUUAAGAUUCAAGAGUCGCUGAUUGAAUGCGCCAGGCAACAGAAUUUGGAGCUGAAAUUCUGCCAGGAACUUACUGCAGCAGUUACACAGAAAGCCUCUAGUCUAGGUGGUAAGUUCUGAUAACCUCAGUGAUAAAUACCUUUCAUGGAAGUUCGUGAUUAACUGCAAUCAGUUCGAAUGAGGAUUCUGGAACAAUGCAAAUUGUGCACCCAAUCAACGUUCUUUUGAUUUCAACGUCUAUUGAGUGAACCCCUUUCGAAAAUGUACAGUGGAGUCUUUCGAACUCUUUGGUCGUUUUUGAUACUAAAAAAGAAUUAAGAUGGAUACUUCUUUAAGACACAAAGAGGAAUGAUAUCAAUUAAGACCGUUCAUCAAGAGGUAAGUACUGAAUAUGAUCGCAUGGAGCGCAGGUUUUUCCAACACUGUACCUCGGGGUCACACUAUCCAUCAACUUUUAAUCGAGUGUCGAAAGAAGUCUUUGAUUGCUUUGGGUUCGCUUUAUUUACUUUGAAUUCUCAUGGGCCCCUUGUGGUAUUUUCCUCUUAUCUGAUUCGCUGUUGUGACUUCUUUUGUGACAGUUUUACGAAUCUGGAUCGUAAUGCGCUUAGUGAAGGAAGGGUUUUUAUGUUGUAUUUGAAUGCAACCAUCUUGUGGUAGCAAGAGGGGAGCAUUCGAAGCGAUGUAGUGUCGAUUGGAGUUUCAUUCACUGAUUUUUUAGUAUUUUUUUUGUUUUUACCCUUGUAGACAAUGAAAACUUACUGAGUGGUCAACUUGACGAGUUGGCCAGUGAUGUGGCCGUGCUGGUGUUUGAGACGGAUGAAGUUCCGUGUAAAGAUAUAGUCAGGUCAGUCAAAUACACGUUUUCAGAGUCGAACACAAAGUGAAUCAUUUUAUAUUUUAAGGUUUGAUAGUCCUUCUAACAUCACCUUAAUCCCAACUGUGAAGCUGUCUAAGAGUAAUGUGUUCUUAUUGCUCAUCCGAGGCAAUUGCGUUUUUCUUGUUUCUUGUUUUUCUUUCAGUCAAACUUUCCAUGAAGUCAUUUCUUUCCUAUACUCAUUUGUGACCAAAAUACAAGAAGGCGAUUAUGAUGCUGAACCUAAAGAAGAGUCCAAGGUGUGUUAUGUGUGAAGCAAACUGUUCUCGGAUUUUGUUAGCGGCAUCUUCACAUGUGCCUGAGUGUAGGUUGGGUUAAGCCUUCACCUUUUUUACUCAGAUUCAAAGAAGAACGGAGGAACGGAAGCAUUUUAUAUGGCGACUUUCUCUCUCGCAUAUCAUAGUUCUAGGGUCAAACCUUAUAUUGUGAUCUUGGCAGUCUUCUUUGUUAGUUCUAUCUUCAGCCAGUUCUUAAGUUCUUCGCUUUCAGGAGUGACCCAAAAGUUACUUUUCUUUUAAAUUUCUAGAAAUAUAAGGAGGGAAAAGAUGAAUAUCAACCAGAGGUUACAGUUCGAUUCAACACUAAAUUCUUAGGGCUUAAAUAAUGAUAAUGUGUCGCAGAAGUGCGGAUAGUUGGACCGAAUGGGUUAGCGUUCGCAACUUACCCUAGGCACGCAAAGUCAUCCGCACUCUCGUUUUGUAUAUUAUGGUAAACCUUAGGGCUCAACUGUGUAUUUGUUGGACUUACAGCGUCUGAAUUUGCAUAGCAGGCGUUGGGAUUGUUAGAGUGCCGCGCUUUUUGGCAUAAAAUGAUGAGCUUGCGCAGACCGUUUCAAUUCGUGGGACAGAUUUCCCAGUUUCUAGGUUGUCUGUUCAAUAGAGGUUCCGCUGUCUAGUACUGUGACAUAACACACAGCUCUUUUGUUUGUGGUUUAGGCGGAUCCUCCCUAUCUUCAGCGCGCAAAGACUUUCAAGUCAGAAUUGUUUGAUUCGGCCGGCGUGGAAGAGAAACUCCUUCAGAAGGAAAACGAGUUCAUGGACCUUAAGAAAAAUAUGAAACUGAAGGUACAGUUGCAUAGAGAUCAUCUUCCUAUUGGAACUUCCUUCUUUGUUAAUCAGAGAAAAAAUAUGGUGGAAGAGUACAAAGAGAAUGUAAUCUCUUGAAGAGUUUUUAUUUUGGUUAACGAGAUUUUAAAUUAAGUAAGUUAAAUGAAGGCAUUUAUACAGGGGGUGGCUUGGUUCGAUUCCAAGCGACAGUAAUCUUCUGAAUUAGCACCUUGUAUACUAAGGUAUACAGCGAUGAGUGAGUACUAUGAACAUGUUAGUCAAGGGUCCUAUAAUUUCACUGUUCUUCAUCCCUUUGGUCAGAACGAGGAACUGAGUCAGGCUAAUAUUAGGAUUGGAUUAUUGGAGAAACGUCUUGAAAACAUCAACAAAGAGGUGAGAGUGGUCCUUUUCCCCUGAAUACUCUUUUUCUGAUUCUGAUAGGCAGUUUGCAGUCAUGUCUCUCCUGGGAAAUAAAGUCACCGUUUUACAGGCUAACCACAAUAAACCUUUGUCACGGGUUGUGUAAUCAUUUUGGUUUCAAAUUACGAUGAAGCUUUGAUUUUUUUAUUGACUUAGUAGCAAUGCUGGCCAGUGUAAGACUAUUUUCAUCGACAGAAAGAGUAUCAAUCGAAUAGUUAACACAUAGUCAUCGAAGUAGAGGUAAAUAUCCACCACGUUUUUAGACGCUGGGUGAAUAAUUGUUUUAGUAUACACCACACAGAAAUAAAUAUUAAUUAAUUUCUGUCAAUAUACCGAAAAAUGGACGGAAACUAUAGUUGAUUCUUGAUGCGCGAUUUUGUCUUUUUGGCUGCUCGAAGGUGAAUAGUACUUGCUUAUCACUUCCGAACAAGCCAAUCGGCGUGCGCGGAGAGCACUAUUCAUCUGUGUGGUACAAUACUAAUACAAGGUUUCUUAAACAUAGGUGGCCUUCUUUCGAGUUGACCGUAAUAACAGGAAAAAAACGCAAGCCAACUUUUGUUUUAUUACAUGUUUAGGCUGAUGCACGAGUCGAAGCUGCAAAUCGAAAAAUGGAGCAAUCUACGGAGGACUUUGCAAGAAAGGAAAAGUAAGUCCUAAAGGCUGCUAACAAUUCCCCUUAGAUGUGUAUGUCUGACUACAUCAGCUCUAACGUUCACGUCGUUGUUUUCUAAAUGUGACAAUUUCAUAGGAUGGGAGGGGUUCGAGAGGGGAGCUUUAAUUCUGCUACGUCAUCUUUUCAGCUACCUUGGACUGCAUUGCUACUUGGAGAAAUUAUUUGUGGUAAUUUUCCACCAACUUUAUGUUUAUGUCAAGAACAAACCAUUGUCGACAUUUUCGAUGCCUUUGCCAAUAGGAAAAUCAUUCAUAUACACAAAUAAAACUCAUUCUCAAAAUAAAGCUUUUGCGCUUGGCUUCACUUGGAAAGUGAGGGUUUUUGUGACUCGAGAAAUAGCCUAUUGAAAUAUACACUGUACUCUGGUAGUCGUGCACUAGCAUAACGGCUGAAGUGGUGUCAGUAAAUCGUCUAUGCGUAACCAAUAUUUUGUUUUUUUAUUAUUUUCGUAGGGAAUUCGAAGAAACUAUGGAUGCUCUCCAGAACGACAUUGAAACCUUGGAGAAGGAGAAGGGCGACAUGAAAAAACGUUUAGAUGCUUACUCAAAGAAGUCCCUUCUGGCCGAUCUUGCGCGCCAUGCCACAUCAUCAUCUAGCAUCGCGGCUGUUGUAGCAGGUACGGAGAUUCAUGCUGACAUGAUAUCCUUACAACUUUAAAAGAUGCCUGGAAAACUCUUCUUGUCUUUUUUUUUUUUUUUUUUUACCUGUCUGUGGUUUAAAAAGAGAUCGAAAGAAAGUGAGAAGUUAGAGAGAGAGUUGUUUUUUUCAAGAGCAAUUUUCGUUUAAGGGUCAAAAGUAAUGUAAUUAGUUUGAUUUAGUUCACUUCAUGAUUGGUCUGGAGAACUCUUGUCACUUGCCCAGCCAAUGAGAGUUAAAACAGUAACUGCGAGUGCGGGCUAUUCGAAGUGAAUUAAAUCAUAAAAAAUUUAUGGUAAAAACUUUCAAUUUUUUCUCUCAAGAAUAAGUUGUAAGUUGCUGCUUACCCUAGUUAAAGACAUUGCUCUUCGACUUAAGUAAACAGUGAUGGCGUACAGAGACGAGAAAAGCUUGGCAGAAGUUAUUUUUAAUGGGGAUAAGUUUCUAAAGAAAUUGUGGCACUGCGUCGUUGGGUGGUAUUGCAAUAUCAACUGAGUUUACAUUGUAAAGCCCUUUGAAGGAUUAUCGUGGGGGCCGUGACUCUACUGGCCGCCAUGCAAUUAUAAUGCCCGCAGUUUUUUGCUGUUUUAUUUAUGGAAUGCUGCGUUUCCAUCUUCUAAUUGUUUGUUAUUCUUUGUUCCUUUUCUAUCAGGUGCGGCUGCUGCUAAGGGCGGCGGAGGCUCUCCUUUACGGGGUAGCCCAGGGGCGGGUCAACAGCCGGUACAAGUGGUAAUAAAGGAUUCACCUAUAAUACUUGCUCAGGUAAACCAUUUGCCACAGAACAUGACAGUUCUUGUAAGUCGCAACGGACGGUACUACAACCGUCAGGAGCGAUUGAAAGUUUAGUUACAUUGUUGUUACUCUGAGAGUUGCAUAGAGGACUGUGUUAAGCAAGAAGUCAGAAAGAGCUAGCGCAAUGCGCAAAUUGAUUUCGUCUUGUUUGCUAUGAGUGUCACCUAUCUGUGCAUUGGGUCAUUCGCGUGACUCAAAAUAUUCGCCGGCUGAUAAGUGUGAACUUAGGUGAAGUAACGGUGCGCAAUGCAAAAUAAAGUAUUGCCCUAAGGAUGUAAUUGUGUCGGGCACCUUUUUCUUAUCAGCUUUUGAUUUUUUCUUUCUAGCCUCUUAUAAACUUUGUAACUUACGUAACCUGCUUUGGCUUGAAAUAUUUUGUGUGCGUCCUGUUAGACGCUGUAGUUGGUCUCUUUUGUGUUGAUUGGUUUAAUUUUUUUUCCAUUCAGGUUGACUCACUUAAAAUUGCCUUGAAGCAUCUAAGAAACGAAAAUAUCCGUCUUAAGAGUCAGCAUAUGAAGGUAUGGUGGCCAGUGCAUUCAACUCUCUCUUCUUACUAUUAUAAGUAUACCCAGCCCUCUGUUUCGCUCGAAUGGUGACAUUUUUUUCUUUAGGAGCAAUUAGAUGUGUUGCCAAAAAUAUACAUACCACCGAGAAUUCAGCCUCGCACUGAGCCUUUGGAGCAACAGACUGACGAGACAGCGGAUAAAGAACAAAAGGAGAAGGAAUUAGUACCAAGCCUUAACACUGUUACAAGGGAAACUAACAAAUUACUCGAGGUAUGAACAGAAUCCACGCGACAACGAGCUCGCUUUAACGGGCAGGCAUUAUUGAAUUAAAGACGAACUUUGAACCGCGAAUUAUCAUUUGGCUGGCUCCUUGAGUAGAAGAGAUGAAACGAAUCCUGUAAACUGAUUGGUCGAGCAUAUCUUGCCCGCUCGCGGUUGGUCAUAUGAUGCAAACUUUAAUUACCAAGCACAUUGUGCGCGUCCUCAUUUUUCUUCAAUCAAUAUUCCCUUCCCUUUGAAAAGCGGCCAUAAACGCCAACAUCCAGCCAUUGUGAUCUCACACUUCGUCUUACACGCAUUUAUAGUGUAUCUACAUUGUGGCGUAUUUGCAUUUCCCUGGCUUCCUCGUCCAUCUUCAAACUGAUUUCUUCGCUAACUCAACAGGGUAACAACAAUAGUGGCAAUGGUAACAGUUUAAUAUUUAAACUCCCAAAAUCUGAUCGUUGAUUCUCCCCUACAGCUGCCGCACAUUUUCUAGCAAAUUAGUUGCGAGAAUUUGGUGUUAGAUCAAGAUAACAAAUUUCUACCUGAUAAGUUUGAGUUUUCUCAUAACCUGGUAGCUCGAUAAUGUAUGGACGUCAUAGGGAGAAGUUACAUUUUAAUCACGUCUGGGAGUUAAAGGGUUAAGAAAUAACAACUAAAACAAGGCAAGCUAAGAGAAAUUGUCUGCUGCAUCGAUCAGGCCUGUAUUUCUAGUUAUUUAUAUGAUUUUCGUUUCUCUCACUGCAAGAACUUGCAAAAGAUGAGUGCCUUUCCAAAAGUGGUUGACAUUUCUCACAGGAAAUCAGGUACCUGAAACGUUUUUUUAUCUUUGAACUGGCGGAGUUGCAGUAUACCUUAUUGUUAGUAAUAUUAAAGGAAGAUGGAAAUUAAAUUUUAGUCAUAAAUUCUAAUAACCGGAAACAUCAGGAAAGUAUUUCUUUAGAAGGAUUUGAAAUGAUUAGAAAGUUACACUUGUACGAGGAAAUACGAUUUUUCUCUUGUAGCAAUGCACUUUAUCUAUGGAUUACCACUCGUUUAUCAUCUGUUGCACUAACUGUCUCAAUUUAAGGCUGAGUACGAGACCUCAUGGCUCAGCAAGGUUGUAUAUUGGUAGCAAAGUUGGCGGAAAACAUUAUUCUGAACCUUAGAAGUAUGGUUGAUAAGUUUACUUAGCUAUUUGUCUCAGUAACUGAACUUGUUUUCCUCACAAAUAGGGUCAGUUCCUGCACUAAGCAAAAUGACUCCAGCUAACCAUUUGGUAGAGCGAACAGCUAUUUUGCGCGAUCUCAAUCGACAAAAAGAAGAGGUGAGUGCAGUCUUUUUCUUAUUCUGUCCGUAAUUGACGUUUUAGAAUAAAAGCAUUUUAAAUUCGUUAAUGAUGAAGGGGUUUUGUUAGUUUUGUAAAAAAAUUUCUUUUCUUUUCAGCUCCAAGGGAAAAUUCAGAAGUUAAUUGCAGCAGAAUAUCCUGGAGGAACAUGUCAAAGUUCUUUUUCAUCUUUCUUAUCUCCGACUUUUUCCAAGGUAUUGUCAGUUUUUUACCUGGAUUUCUUUCUCUUUCGUAACCAUGCAUGAUCACAGACCUCUUCAUCGAGCAAUUUUAUUUGCUCGUUCUUUCGUUGCUUCGGCUUGAUCUUUCUUCUGACUUCGAUCUUGACUGUGUUCGUUCGGUCGGUCGGUCGGUUCAUCGAUGUAAUUACUUUCGAUUUUUGCUUGGUUUGAUUUUUGUUUGGUUUGAUCAUUCUUUGGUGCGUCUGGGCCUGUUCUCGCGCUUUCGUUCGCUCUCGCGUAAGCUGAUGCGAUCAUUUGGGCGAUGGCAGGUUAUUUUUCUAUUUACUGUAUGUGUUUUUAAUUUCCUUUUUUUUUUUUUUCCUUUCCCCUGUAAUACAGGUUCUACAAGAGAAAUCUCAGGCUCCUCAGCUGGGAAGAGUCACCAUACCUGUGCCAUCGAGCACCAAAUCCAACAAAUAUUGCGUCACCUUGAAACCACAGGAAUUCAGAACACUUCACACUGUAUUUGUCAGUUAGAAACGAAAAUGUGUACAUAAAUUGUAAAAUCUUAGACAGAAUAAUGUUAUAUUUAGUAGUCGGAGGUGGAGAAAUGAGUGGUUUCGCCUUGAUCAGCUGUGACAGCCAGGGUACAACCGACUUACCGCAACUUAGCGAAAAGUGCUGUGAGUCUCAAGGCCUACUUUGAAAUUCUUGCCACAUGUUGCCGCACAUUUUCUUUUGUGCUGUUUUUGAGAUUGCAGUACAGUCUCCGACUCUCGCCCUGCGGGCACCUCGCUAUUACGGACACCCCACCAUUUGCGGACAAGAGCAGUUAGCAAGGCCGCGUUAGAAACCUUGUCCAAUUCACUUCGCUUAUAGGAGAGCGUGAUAUAUCAAUUAAGAAACUACUGAACAUUAUUUCUGUUACCUUCACGAAUAAUAUUGACUUUUCAAGAGAGGAAGAUGACAACAACAACAACAACGAAAGCAACUAAAACAAAAAUUGUCUUAAAAAAAAGCUUAAAUUAAACGAGAACAGCGUUAUAUGAUAAGAUGUAAAAUUUUUUAACGAUAACGGGAAGGUCUCCGCUGCUUCGUUUCCAGGAACACGAGAUGCUCGUAUUCUUGGAAUUGACCCGUUUGCAGUGAACGGCAGCAAAUGGAAGAAAUCAGGCCUCGAGUCUCUCGGAGACUUUUUGAGGGUUAGG